AAGCGUGCAUCAAACAAAAAAGUCCAAAACAGCUGUCCGUUUUCUUUUGUGUGCUCGGUGGAAAUUUGCAUAAUUUGUGGAAAUUUUAAUUCUAAAUAGUUUACGAUAAGAUUUAACUGUUGAGUUAACAGCGGUCGUGAUGGAUUCAACCGAGGAACGGGAACCGAAAAGUUUGUCGCCGCCCCAGAUCCACACCGACACUUCGGCCAGCGAUGAGGAAAAGUUCGAGGACGCCUCCAGCAAGGAUUUCAACGAGAAGGCCGUGGACGAAUUGAUCCGGGAGGUCACAGGCCUACAUCCGGCUGGAGAUAGUGGCACUUUGCAGAAGAACAACACCUCGUCGUCGUCGGACCAUACGGACAAAUUCGUGGACUGCCGGAGCGAUCCGGACGGAAGCGACGAAGAUAUCACCGAGGAAGUGGCGCAACCGGAAGAGGCCGAGCCGGGAAGCGUAACCGAGCGAAAAGCCUGCGAAGAUGAGGACUACGUGGAUGAUAAGAUGCAAGCUGAAUGGGAGGAAUCACUUCCGGAACAGGAAAAAUUGGACAACAAGGAACGAGCCGACGAACUGAAGGCCAAGGGAAACGAGCUGUUCAAGGAGGGCGACUACGAGAAGUCUGCCAAAAUGUACACGGCAGCGCUGCGUUUGUGCCCGGUGAGGUACGCGGCCGAACGCUCCAUCCUGUACGCCAAUCGAGCCGCGGCCAAGACCAAACUCAACUUCAAACCUUCGGCCAUUGCCGACUGCACCAAAGCUAUUCAGCACAAUCCAAAGUACCUGAAGGCGCUUUUGAGGCUUAUCGAAUCCACUUCCAGACGUGCGACCUUGUACGAGGAGGCGGACAAGCUGGACGAGAGCCUGGAAGAUUUCAAGCAGAUCCUGGAGCUGGAUCCCUCGAAUGCCGAGGCUAGGGCGGCCCAGCAACGGCUGCCCCCCAAGAUUCAGGAACGGAACGAAGCCCUCAAGGAGGAAAUGGUCGGCAAGCUGAAGGAUCUCGGCAACAUGAUCCUGCGCCCGUUCGGCCUUUCGACCCAGAACUUCGAGCUGAAGCAAGAUCCCUCGACCGGAUCCUACUCUGUUAACUUUAAAAGCGGCAAGUAGUUAAACUCCAUAUAUCAACCUCUAUAUUAUCGAAUUCGAAGCGUGUGAUUGAGUGAGUGAUGGAAUAAGCGAAAGUGAGCGUUUGAGUUUUUUUUUCUCUUUUGUUUUCGUGGUUCGGAAUGCAAUAUACACUUGGUAGAGCUAGUGUUAAUAAAUAAUAUCUUCUAAUUACAAUGUAA